AUGAUGGUGCCUGGGCUGCAGAACUUGGGCAACACGUGCUUUUUCAACGCUAUUUUACAGGCAUUGGCGUCACUAACAAGUGUACACGAGUUCUUAAGAGAGAUUGAAAACUGUGCAUGCGUUACCAGGCGUGCAAUUGCGUUCACUGGAGCGUUGCGUGACUGUCUGGAGGCACUUGCGCCCUGUGACUCGCCAUGUGUGGUUGUACCUCGCGCGCUUAAUGCGGAGUUAACUAAUCAGUUGCGUGCAUUUCGUGGCAAUAGACAGCAGGAUGCUCAAGAACUUCUUCAGUUUCUCUUUAAGUUGGUUGAAAGAGAACAGCGACACUGCUCCUUGCAGGAACGCGGUCUCUUGGAUCUAUUGGUGAAUGACGUACCCGCUUCUAGGUCCAUCACUGACCUGACGAUGACUGAUCUAUCUACAUUUAGAUCUAAAAGUGAUCUAUUGGUAGAUGACGUACCCGUAUUCAGGUCCAUCAGUGACCUGCGGCUUUCUCAAGCUGUGGACAAGCGCAGCUGGAAUCCGUUUCAGGGAUUGCAAGUAAAUUUGCUGCAGUGUGCAACAUGCCAUCAUUAUCGACCGCUUAAUAACCAGCCGUUUCUAGACGUUUCGUUGUCCCUUGUAGCUUCCGGCGACAAAAAAAUUGCGCAUCUUACUGAUGCGCUGCGGUUAUAUACAGAGGCUGAAGUAAUAAAUGAUGUGGAGUGCAACUAUUGCAGCGUCAUGAUGGAACUGCAGAACACGAAGCAAGAGUAUCAGAUGGUUGAGCAACAAGUGAAGCUGGAAAUUGAUGCAAGUGAUGUGGAUUUGGAAAUUUUGCAGCAUGUACGAAAAGAUUGGAUUCACACACUUGAGCAAUUGGCCAAUGCGUCGACAAAUUUUGAUAUAGAACAGCUCGAUCGCCCGAUCCUUCGCAGUCGAGGCGAUUGCUUGAAGCGAUUGCAGUUUUCGCGCAGUCCGGACGUCUUUUGUUUUCAUUUUAAUCGAAAGGUUUACAUGAGAACUGACGGGGCGGUGAAGCUAGAGACGUAUGUUGAAUUUCCAUUGGAGCUCGAUAUGGAAGACUUUUGCCAGUACGAGACAAGUGUUGGCGUCAGUGAUACUAGCGAAUUGAAGAAUGGACGAUCUUUCUUGCGACAGCAGUCCCAGACAUUAAUACCGUCCUGCGGUGACACUUCAAAACAGCAAAAUUUAAUUUACAAUCUAAGUGCUGUAAUUCUUCAUCAUGGUAACGAGCGCUGUGGUCACUUUACAGCAUAUCGUCGCGCCAGUGCUUCACAGUGGUUCUUUGUAUCGGAUGAGACUGUACGCGAGGCACCGAUUGCUGAGGUUCUAAGCAGUUGUGCGUACAUGCUAUUUUAUGAACGAAAAUACCGGAUGAAGUGUACAGUCCGAAGCUCAGAGACUGAAGAGACGACAGACGAUGAUGACAGUUUACCAGACGUUCCGUUUGACACUAUGCUAUCAAAUCAUUUAAAAAAUUAA